UUAACUCGGUACACUUUACAUAAAAAUUAUUCUGUUCAAAAUAAUGAAGCUGGAAAUCGCUCUGGUGUUCUUCGUGGGCCUGGCACUGAAGGUUGCCGAGUGUCAUGAGCUACCCUCGUGGGAGGUGCUCGAGUCCAAGAGGCUGGAGUAUAAGCAGCGCCUCCAGCGCCUCCAGACCUUCCUCAGCAGCAAGGACCACGAGCGCCAGACUUGGGCGCUGCAGGAAUCAUCCGUCAAGGACCAAAACAGACUCCUAGACGUGUCCUUGACGGUACAGAGGCUGCAGGCCAUUGCCCACAGAAGCAACAGGGACCUUCGUGCCCUCAUAAAGACCACAAAGAAGAGGCGCGAGGCUGCAGAGCGCAAAGCCCACGAAAAUGCCAAGUUACAGCGAGAACAGAAGGCCGCCCUGGAGGGCCGCUUGCGGAGCACAAAGCUGCAGCUCCAAAAGGCCCAGGAAAAACAGGCGGCCAGUGGCCGUGCCCUACUCCAGCGAGCACAGACAGAGGCUACAAAGAUACAAGCCACGCUGGAGGAAGCGGCCAAUCUCCGCACCCUCACUCAGGAGAUUGACGCCGCAACGGAGAUGAUUCGCGCCCACCAGGAAUGGAGAGACAACGGAAGGCUCAGCUGGUGGCGACGCUCCCUCUCCUCCCUCUUUACUGCAAUGAGGACAUCCAAGACGACGCAGGAACAGUAUAAUGACACUCCGCAAGACGUCGGUCCCGCAAGCUUGUCUGCAACAGAUACCCAAAGUUACGAUGACCACACAGACGACCAGCCUGACUCUGGAAUCAGCACUGACGAGGCCACAGAAACAAAGGCACUCCCAGAGGAUAAUGGCCCAGGUGACAACACCGAAGGGGACACUGAGGCUGAAGACGCACCAGCAGAGGCCCGCCCCUCACAGGAUAAUGACACAUAUGAUACCGCCGAAGGGGACACUGAGGCUGAAGACGCACCAGCAGAGGCCCGCCCCUCAGAGGAUAACUACCCAGGUGACACUGCCGAAGGGGACACUGAGGCUGAAGACGCACCAGCAGAGGCUCGCCCCUCAGAGGAUAACUACCCAGAUGACACUACCGAAGGGGACACUGAGGCUGAAGACGCACCAGCAGAGGCCCGCCCCUCACAGGAUAAUGACCCUGAUGAAACCGCCGAAGGGGACACUAAAGCUGAAGACGCACCAGCAGAGGCCCGCCCCUCAGAGGAUAACUAUCCAGAUGACACUGAAGAAUGGGACACUGAGGCUGAAGACGCACCAGCAGAGGCCCGCCCCUCACAGGAUAAUGACCCUGAUAACACCGCCGAAGGGGACACUAAAGCUGAAGACUCACCAGCAGAGGCCCGCCCCUCACAGAAUAAUGGCGACAGGACGCCCUCCACAUGGCCAAUGUACCUGUGCCUGUACGCUGCAGUGAGUGUGGCCAUCACUGUCGCCAGAAUGAAUGCCAAGUGCCGCACACACCACCGAGGCACUCCUUGAUCCCUCCGCGUGCUCAAUGCCGCACUCCCUUACGGCAUUGUGAAUGAUGCCACGCGUCGGGCUGUCCGUCUCUGUGAGUGGCUGUAACACAUCUUGAGAAGGGCGUCAACACGCGGCCCUGGAACCACACACACACACGGCCACACGGAAUUACCAUCAGCAUCCUCAGUGCGUGGGUGCAGACUCGUGGUGCACGGGCGUCACCAUCGCCAGCGCGGCCAUCGUCACAAUCGCUCCCGUCGCUGCAAUCACAAUCGUAUCACCGGCCACGAUCGAUUGUGAUUGCGGCGACGGGAGCGACUGUGACGAUGGCCACGCUGGCGAUGGUGACGCCCGUGCACCACGAGUCUUCCCCCACACACUGAUGAUGGCGAUGGUGAUGCGUGUGGCCGCGCGUGUGUGUGGUUCCAGGGCCGCGUGUUGACGCCCUUCCCAAGAUGUGUUCCAGCCACUCACAGAGACGGACAGCCCGACGCGUGGCACCAUUCACAGUGCGGUAAGGGAGGCGACAUUGGGGAGGCGAGGGAUAGUGUUGUAUAAUGGCGGCACCACACCAAGCAUUCAUGUCUCUCUUAUCUUUUCUUCUUUCUUAAUCAUCUAC